AUGGCCACACCGGCAGUACCGGCGAGCAGCCCUCCCGCCACUCCGGCCCCGGCCCCGGCCCCGGCCCCGACCGCGGCCACGACCCCGGCCCCGGCUCCGACCCCGGCCGCGGCUCCGGCCCCGGCGCCGGCCGCAGCGCCCGCUCCGGCUCCGGCUGGAGCCGCGACUCCGACCCCGGCCGCGGCCGCAGACCCCGCGGCCGCCGCGGCCACGACCCCGGCCCCCGGCCAGACGCCAGCCGCGGCGCCGGCCCCGGCGCAGACCCCGCUGCAGUCGCUGCCCGGGCCUGCUCUGCCCGGCCCCUUUCCCGGCGGCCGCGUGGUCCGGCUGCAUCCGGUCAUCCUGGCCUCGAUCGUGGACAGCUACGAGCGGCGCAACGAGGGCGCGGCCCGCGUCAUCGGGACCCUGUUGGGAACUGUUGACAAGCACUCAGUGGAAGUCACCAAUUGCUUCUCCGUACCCCACAAUGAGUCAGAAGAUGAGGUGGCUGUUGACAUGGAAUUUGCUAAGAACAUGUAUGAAUUACACAAGAAAGUCUCUCCAAAUGAGCUCAUUCUAGGCUGGUAUGCUACAGGCCAUGACAUCACUGAGCACUCAGUGCUGAUCCAUGAAUAUUACAGCCGAGAAGCCCCCAACCCCAUCCACCUCACAGUGGACACAAGCCUCCAGAAUGGCCGCAUGAGCAUCAAGGCCUAUGUCAGCACUUUAAUGGGUGUCCCCGGGAGGACCAUGGGGGUGAUGUUCACACCUCUGACGGUGAAAUACGCGUAUUAUGACACUGAGCGCAUUGGAGUGGACCUGAUCAUGAAGACCUGCUUCAGCCCCAACCGUGUGAUCGGCCUGUCCAGCGAUUUGCAGCAAGUGGGAGGGGCAUCAGCUCGCAUCCAGGAUGCCCUCAGCACAGUGUUACAAUACGCAGAGGAUGUGCUGUCUGGAAAGGUGUCAGCUGACAAUACCGUGGGCAGAUUCUUGAUGAGUCUGGUCAAUCAAGUCCCCAAAAUCGUCCCUGAUGACUUUGAGACCAUGCUCAACAGCAACAUCAAUGACCUGCUGAUGGUGACCUACCUGGCCAAUCUCACGCAGUCCCAGAUUGCCCUCAAUGAGAAACUCGUAAACCUGUGAAUGGACGUGACAGCUUUCCUGCCUGACUGGGCCUCACCACCAGGCCGCACCGUGGUGUGAAGUGAGGUGGUUUCUCUGGUUUGGUCACACUGAGUCAGCUGUUUGUGACUUUUAAAUAAAAAUGACUUGUCUUUUAUAAAUGA